AAAAAAGAUGAUAAUUAAUGAAUAAACUAGAAGUGAAAAGAGAAAAAAACGGGACGAGAUUUGGGCCCAAAGCUCAUUGUAUGCUUUUGGUAAACUGAUCUCGAUCGACCUUGGCCUUUUUAAUUAUAGGUAGUGUUCUCACACGACCAACUCGACGAACAUCCUGGUCUCGAUGAUGAUCGGUGGGAAACCUGGAUCCUCUAAGUGCACGAUUUGAUGAGAUGUAAUUUUCGAUCCCCGGAAAAUGGUGAUCCGAUCGAUUAUAUAUUGGAUAUUAUAAUCUAUCAAUCAACGCUGCAGAUUGGUUGUACGAUAAGUAAAAACCACUGUUUCUCUCAUCGCUGUUGAACUUGGUGUUAAGUACAAUGAAAUGCCGACGACUAUGCGUAAUAAGGAGCGACGGAAAGAGGAUCGGCUUUGAAGAAUGCUAAAUUCAUUGCCUCGCCAUUUUCACCAUCUAUGCCUUCAGAUUCGUAUGAGAUUCGUAAGCUGGCGCCAGUCUUUAUAAAUAAAUAAAUAACUAAGUAAAUAUACAUAUAUUCAGUUGUUAGACUUUUAUUCAGUUUUUUCGCGUCGAAGAAUUCGACAAAAAAAUUGAAUGUCAUACAGAGGUUCCCGGUGUGGGCGAUUGCGAUCGGUUUCGUGGGGGAUCUGGAAUUUUUUUUUAGUGUCCAAUAUUUACCCGGGUCGUUCACCGAUGUAAUAUGAAAAUUCUUGCACGUGAAAGCCUCGACCCACUUAUCGAUAUUUGACGACUUCUGGUCUACAGAAACUCGACUCCAUUUCUGAUAUUAUCGGAAGAAACGUUUGACCGAACAGCGAAAUAAUAAAUAAUCGAAGGAAGUUAUUACUCCGAGGAAUAAAACAGAGAGACGUUCGUUACGCCGUGAGUUAUUGUCUUCAAUUUCUCAUCGGCUGACGGCACCUUGGAAAUUCCCAAGUGAAAUGUCAGGAGGAACUUGCUUACCUUCCGAUCACAGACAACUUUAUCAAUUUACUGGAUUAUCAUAAACUUUGGCAAAACUUAAUCAGCAAUUUUAUAUUCUUCAAUUAUACCGUCGAUCAGACAAGGAAGAAGUGGAGGCCUCCGUGUUUCGCCUCUCGAUUAUCUAUUCAAAAUAACGAAACCAUAAACGCGUUGAAAACGAGACUUGUUGAAAUUUUUUACCAAUAUCAAAUUUUUGCUCAACAGGACGUAUGGACUGAAAUACGUGUGAUAAAAAAUUACACUUUUUCGGAUUGAGGUCAAUGAGUUACGUUUAACAUUUAAUGAUAAUAAAACGAUCGAAUUCUCGUAUUAAUAUGAGAUCUUUGAAUUGUGUCAUCUUGGGGUUCACUGACCUGACGUUAUUUGAUCUUGAAAAGAUUUUUAGAUCGCCUUAGGAGCUCAACUCGUUAUUUAUGUUUCUUUUUAUUCUUCGAGUAGGACUGACUCCGAGACAUGAGCUCCAGACGCUGUCGGGCCUAAAACAACUAUACAGGCAUAACGGAACUAAUCCUUGUCAAGUUGAGAUAGGUUGAGAUAGGGCCUAGUUAUCUUAAUGGCCACCCGUAAUACCUGUGGGACCAAGGCGGAGGUGGUAUAUAAACUCGACCCUUAAACUUUGUACCCUUAGUGCAGUUUGGUCAUUUGAAAAAGUCAGUUGUACUUCAUGGUAAAGAUGCUCAAGACUGUGCUCUUCGUGGUGAUCGCCGUCGUUCAAUGUUUGGCGGUAAAAGGCAAACCAAAUGAAGAUUCAGCGAUCGAACCGCGUUUACCGGCACAACAAGGUCACUCCGUAGACAUGUUCCGUCCGAGAUCCGACUGGUCAUAUUUCCACCCUUCGUGGUCAUUGCCCUCCAUGCCAUCGAUGGCCGAUUUUUUCAAAGACGAUGAAAAGGCUGACGAACCCUCGGAGAUCAUGAAGAGACUCACCGCCCUUGAACAACGGUUGAAAGAGAUGGAUGAGAUAUUGAAAAGACAAUCGAGCGGUAUUAAAAAACCUGAAGUCACUUCGGUGACCACUACCAAAGUGGAGGUCUUACCUUGCAAGGAAUCUCCACCGAAGACGACGCCGGAUAAGGUGCCCGAAAAAAUCAACGAGCAGCCACAAGCUGAAACGACCGACAAAAAACCCGAAAUGCCCAGCGAUCCGGCCAAGCCAGAUAAAGACGAGAAGAAACCUGAAAUAUCGAACAAGCCCUCAAUUGACAAUGAGCCCGUCAAACCUACUGAGGUAGCUCAGGGUGAAAAUUCAGAAAGAGAUUCGCUACCUGCGGCGAACGCGAAAGUGCUUAAUCCACCAUCCGUGGAAGACGAGGCCAUCUUAGAGGAAAGUAUUCCACGGAAAAAACGAGUUUAAUUUUAGUGAGAAGUUUUUUUUUCAUUCUAUUCGGUAGACGAAUGCACCACCAUGACGAGGAUGUAUGCGAAGGAGAUGUGAUAGAUGAAUAUGUGAAGCUGUAUGUUAAUUAAAGUUAAAGUGUAGGUUUUAACCGCGUUAUCAAUGCGUAUCAAAUGCAAUCAUAUCAUAAUAUUACAAUAUAAUGGAAAAGUUUUCAUUUCGAAUUCAAUGUAGCUAUGAUUAUACGUUACAUGUGGUCGGAAUGAAACUAACACUGAAUUUACGUUAUAUUGAUUUUUAUUUCUGUUUCAUUUCAAUUAGCAGUAAGUGGAAGUUUUCUGUUUUUUCCCUUCUUGUUUAACCUGUGUUUUGAUCAUUAGACACAUUUAUGCAGAUAACAAGUUGUAAUACAUGUGUAAUUUAUAAGUGACUAAGGAAUGACUAAUUGUAUGACUUAUAAAAACAUAUAUAGGUAUAUUUAGACACCUGUCACACCGUUGUGUUUUACAUACAUUAUUCAUUCAUGAAAACAGGCCUUUUGUUCAACACGAUUCGAUCCUUCUCGGGGUUUGAAAUUAGCUUAAACGAAACUUGAAGGUCGUAUAAUAUUCGGCGUGAUGAAUUAAAUAUUA